GCUCCGGGAGGGGAGGGGAAGGGACAAGCAGCCGUGGCCAGAUGGAGCUCUGUUUGUUUUGAAGCAGCUAACUGCUGCUGAGAGCAGGACACACUGUCGACUGGUGUGUAUCAACCAGAGGAGAACAAGACAUCACACCCAGUCGGGGCUGCGACGGGUCAACGAACUGCUGCUGCUGCUGUGUGUUUGUGAUGUAAUCGUGUGUUUCAGUGUGGAGGCGCUCUCUGCAGCUUCAAGGUCGACAACCUUUUAGGGAACUUCAUGGAUUUCUUGUGGUAGCACAUAAAGGUGUCGGUAAACUUGUAGUAUGGAAGGCCGGACCAGCAAGAAGACGAUGUGAGAAAGCGGUCAUCCCAGCCUGAUUCUGUGGCAGAAGCAGAGGGAAUGGGCCCGGCCUCGCUGCAGGAGGAGAGGGACCUGGCCAAAGAGUCUGCGGAGAUGGAGUGCUACCGCUGCCUUCUGCAGGCCGGCUCCCAGCUGGAGAGCACCCUGCAGCAGGUGACUGUCCCUUUGAGCCUGAAGGAAGUGGGAGGAUAUAUAGAGAAACAAGUUGCAUAUCUGUCAGGAGGGCGCGGGGAAGACUCAAGCGUCAUCAUCACCCUCCCAGAAUGCUCAGCGUUCAGUGACAUUCCAGAGGAAUCUUUAGCCAAAGUCUUUACCUACCUCACCCUCAUCCCUCGAACAAGACAACCAGGAGUGAAAUUUAUCAUAAUUUUAGACCGAAGACUGGAUACAUGGGCCUCUAUCAAAACCGCUCUAGCCAGGAUAGCAGCCUCCUUUCCUGGGAACCUCCACCUGGUCUUGGUGCUCCGACCCACCAGCUUCUUCCACCGUACUGUAACAGAUAUUGGUUUCCGCUUCAGCCAGGAUGACUUCAUGCUCAAGAUGCCAGUGGUGAUGCUGAGUUCUGUCACAGACCUGCUGCGCUACAUUGAUGAAAACCAGCUGACAUCAGAGUUUGGAGGCACUUUGGACUACUGUCACAGUGACUGGAUUGUUUUACGGACGGCUAUUGAAAGUUUUGCCGUGACGGUGAAAGACAUCGCUCAGAUGCUGCAGGGCUUUGGCACUGAGCUGGCAGAAGCAGAGCUGCCGGAUGAGGGGAAAGCCAUCGAGCAACUCCUAGAGACACACACUGAAAAGUACAAAAAGCUCAAGGAUGCAAUAAGGUCGGUUUCAAAGGAGGGUCGCCAUCUUCUGUCCAACUUGGAAACAACUGGGAAGGAUGAUGAUUCCCAGUGGGAUGUGAAGCUGGACUGGGAGACAGUACAGAGUUCCUCUUUUAGGCUUCUUGCACAGCUCAGAGACAUGGAGUCGGCUUUCGAUGGCUUCUUUGAGAAGCAUCAUCUGAAACUGCAUCAGUACCUUCAGCUGCUCAGAUAUGAGCAAAGCUUUCAGGAGAUGGAAUUGUGUCUUGAACAUCUCAUGCAUCAGGAGAGAGAAUUGUCCAUAAAUGUGAACACUCCAGCUCAAACAGAGCAGCUUCUGAAAAGACUCAACGACCUGGAAACUAAUGCACAGGAAGUGAUGUCUCGAGCCCAGAUCAUCAUCCUCCACGGACACCAGCUGUCAGCGGGUCACCAUUACGCCAUGGGGCUCAUCAUGCAGCGCUGCAAUGAGCUCCGCCACCACUGUGACACACUCUCUGCUGCGUUGAAGUCCAAGCACUCUUUUCUGAUGCAAACACACCAACUGCUGCUUUGUCUCGGGCAGGCCCAGACUUGGUGUGAUGAUGGAGCGUAUUUGUUAGCAAACCAAUUAUUAGACAAGUCCCAGUCUAAGGAAGGUGCCCAGAUGUCUCUCAGGGAAAUUGAGAAGUUCCUGGAGGGGGCGCCGUCUGUUUUGAGCUCAGGUCAUGAUAUUCUGGCUAUUGAAUAUGAGGCUGUCAUCACGCCUCAGCUACAGACUCAGAUUGGGAAUGUUUUUGAAAAGCAUGCAGCAGUACAGCAGAUGAUCCAGAACCGACAAGCUUCUUUAAGGAAGCUGGCUGACAAACAUGUGCGACCAAUCCAGCUGGUGGCCCCCAGACCCGAGAACCAACCUCGCUCCAAGUCACCGCUCUUCUCCCCUAAACACGGUGAUGGCUUGAAGUUCACAUUUGACAUUUCACUUCCUGGCAAGAAAUCAUCCCGGAAAAGUCCAAAUCCCAGAAAAAUCGAGGUGAUUCAUGACUACCAGGAGAGUCGGAGCUGCGUCUCAUACAGUCUGGAUGGAGACGACAGCCCGGAUUUCUUAAAGCGACGUGUAAUGAGGGAACUUAUAGAGACUGAGAGAAUCUAUGUGGAGGAGCUGCUGUCAGUGCUGCUGGGUUACAGAGCUGAAAUGGAUAACCCAGCUCUGUCGGGGCUUCUUCCGCCAGUACUACGCAGUAAGAAAGACAUUCUCUUUGGAAACAUGCCUGAGAUCUACAACUUUCACAGCAGAGUUUUCUUACAAGACCUUGAAGGAUGCCUGGAGGCUCCUGAAACUGUUGGAGCUUGUUUUCUACAGCGGAAAGAAAGCUUCCAGAUGUAUGAGAUGUACUGUCAGAAUAAGCCACGUUCUGAAGCGCUAUGGAGACAAUUCUCAGACUGUGCCUAUUUUCAGGAGUGUCAGAAGAAGCUGGAGCACAAACUGGGCCUGGAUUCCUACCUGCUCAAACCGGUCCAGCGCCUCACAAAAUACCAGCUGCUUCUCAAGGAACUCCUGAAGUACAGUCCAGAUUGUGAAGGCACUUCUGAACUGCAGGGGGCGCUGACAGCCAUGCUAGAUCUGCUCAAAUCAGUCAAUGACUCCAUGCAUCAGAUUGCCAUUACAGGAUACGAGGUUAAAGUAUUAUUUUUCUUCUCUUGUCUUAAUUCCUAUCUUGUAUUUAAUUCUCAGUAUUAUUUACAAAAACCUGAAAUCCUUCCCUCUCCACCUCAGGGGGAAAUCUGCGAGCUGGGCCGCGUGCUGAUGCAGGGCUCUUUCAGCGUGUGGAUCAGCCACAAGAGAGGCCCCACACGCAUGAAGGAGUUGGCUCGCUUCAAACCAAUGCAGAGACACUUCUUCUUGUAUGAGAGGGCUCUGCUUUUGUGUAAACGCAGGGAGGAUCAUGGAGACGGCAGCGACAAGACGCCUUCCUACAGCUUCAAGCAUUGUCUCAAGAUGACUGCUGUGGGGAUCACAGAAAAUGUCAAAGGUGAUGUGAAGAAGUUUGAGAUCUGGUACAGCGGCAGGGAGGAAGUUUAUGUGGUUCAGGCUCCCACAAUGGAGGUAAAGAUGGCCUGGCUCAAUGAACUUCGUCGAAUUUUGACCAACCAACAGAAGCUGCUUAGAGAUGAAGCAUAUCAACACGGCCCCGUGGCUGAACACAUGCAGCUCUCUCCUUCGCUCACUGAGAGCAAACAGCAGAGGGCGUCGGUGAGCUCAGAGGACACUGAGUCAGGGAGGAGCAGUCCAGAGCCCCAGUCUCACUCCCCUAAACACCAGCCGAACCGUCGGAGUUGGCCCGGAGCUCAUCACUCGGUAGACAUCUGCGAGGGUCUGGAGGAGUGGCCUGGAGAUCAGGACGCCUUCCUCCCAUCUGAGACGGAGGAGAAAAACAUGGUCAAACUGACUCCAGGCAAGUACAGAGCUAUGGCUGACUGUCCCCAAAACGGACCAGGCAGCAUCAUCAUCAAGCGUGGAGAUGUCAUCCAUCUACAAUGUGAAGACAACAGGGGGCGCUGGCUUGUGAAAAAUCUGAGUCGGCAGCAGGAGGGCUUCAUAGCAGCUGCCAGCCUGCAGCUCAUUAUAGGAAGCAGCAGCCACGAGCGCUCUCCCAGACUGGGAGACCCCGGGAACCUAAAGGUGAGAAAGCUGAGCUCCCCAUAGAGAACAAAGAACAGAGGAUGAAUCUCAUGCUGGAUGAUGAGCAGACUGAGUCAUUACUGUCUCAUAACUGAGGCUGCCAAUAUCUCCUCUCCUCAUAGAGGCUGCUUCCUUCAGCACACUUCAGUUCUUUAAAAGAAGAGGCAGAAUCAAAUGAGCCGAUUUCCUCCCUCGGUUUUUAUUUUUGACCUCGUGAACAGACGUUUUCUGAUGAUAAAGAUCACUGUAGCGAUCACAAGAGCACUUAAAGCCCUACUGGACAAUCAACAGCUGACCUGGUUCAUGUUCUUCCCACUUUUUGAUGGGUGAUAACUCUUGUUCUUCUGGCGCUUCCUCUGCAACAUAUGCAGUCAGCAUGUGAGUUUGCCACUGCAGCAGUGUCUCAUUUCACAAACUGUGGACUCAGUGUUUCCCAGCAAAUACUUGAGGUUGUUUCUAAAAGCUUGUCUUUUCGCUUUAUUUCGAAAGGAUGAAAGCCAGGAUUUAAUCCUUAAACUGUUUUACAAAUUGCAUCCUUUUUUAAAAAACUUUUAAUGUAUUUCAUGUUCAUGUCUGUGUAAAAUAUUCUUUUUUCCUCAUGUCGCCACUCUUCUGUACAGUUAAGAGUUUAAAUGCCAAAAUGUGCCAUGCCUUAUUGCCUUUUUAUUCCUGCUCUUUAAAAGUCUUUGUAUGUACGUUUUCUUGGUUCUAACUGACCUCACAAAACAUCAUCAGGCACUUUAAAAAGGUGGCUUUGUUAUGUUUCAAGGCCAUUUAUCAUUAUUGCUGCAUUUAGGCUUGUAGCUCAUCAUAUAUAUUAUACUCUCAAAUUGAGAACUAUGAAAGAAAAGCAAAAACAAAUUAAGAAUGCAGUUAAGAGUUGCUGAAGAUGGAUGAUGCUAUGGUUUAAUGCCAAAGGCAGGUGCCACUGCAUGGCACAAUGUCCACCCAAAGGGAAAGUAGAGAGAGUGAUGUCUCAAGCUGGAAUGUGAGUUCUUCAAGUAAAGAUCUGUAUGCCGAUUUGUAAAGUUAUGUGGAAGAAAUGGGUUUAAAUGUUGUCUGGGAGUUUGUAAUUUGGAGACGCAGCAAAAUCUGUGGAAGCAGAAAUGCUUCCAGAUGUUUUAAACUACUUUUUAUUAUAAAAGUGUGUUUUAAAUGUCCCUGUCUCGUUGGAAAACCAAUGCAAAAACUCACUGUGAUUUAUUUUUUUCAUUCUUUCAACAUUUUUAGGUAUUCCAGCCAUAAAAUUUGUUGAUCUUUGGCCUUUAACUACAAAUCCACCUUUUCUCUACUGAAUGUGCUCUUUGCUUGCUGCUUUACCUCUUUCACUGUGUUUCUGUUAUUCUUGCUGUGCUUCUUUGUUUAUCCCCAAAUGUUUGAGGUAUUGGAAAUGCAGGGGAGACAAUACCGCCCUGCAUAGAUGG